AUGUCAAACUGCCCGAGUCCGUCAACCAAUGAAUUGUUCGAUGCGCCGAGUGUUUCAGAUUCCGGAAUUUGGGUGGAAUGCGAAAUUGGUGAUUUGCAAAAACAUCACAUGAUUAUGAUGUUAGGAAAUGAUGAGACUCCUGGACAACCUGUUAAUGGAUAUCGUGUGGUCAGUGACUUUAUGACAUUUUUCCCUCUAUUUUCAAAUUUAGGCGCGAAAUCCUGCCAACUUCGACUCCAUGCCGGAUUUAUGUCUAACUGAUGGAAAAAGUUUAAUCACUACAAAAUUUGUGUUUUGUCGAUUUUGCUAUAAAAUUUAUUCGAAAAAUGGAGGGCAAGCAUCGUGAGUUAUAUUCCAGUUUUUCGUUACAAUUAGAUUAUUUUUUGUUUUCAGAGUUCACAGAAGAGAGUGUGAAAUAAAAGAAAUGGAUAAGAAGAAAAAUAAUAUUGAUUCGAUGGGCGAAACUUUGAUUGGUGAAAGUUCGAAAGGAAAAUUAGAAAAAUCUACCAUUCAGCAUAUUAUAACAAAAUAUAUUUUGAAAAGUGGAGUUGCGCUCAAUGUUGUGGAAAAUGAUGCAUUCAAAGAUUUAGUGUUUGAUUUGUUAAACAUCAAUUAUAAUUUAUCGGAAGACUGCUUCGAGAAGAUAAUGCCUAAACGAAAGUCAAUUCGAGAUCUUGUGGAGAAGGAGGCGACUGCGGCUAUAAAGGCAGUUAGAGAUGUUUUGAAGCCUGAGAUCCUGUCAAAGAUGGCGUCAUUUUCUUGUGAUUUCGGUAGAAAUCACACAGAUUUUUUCUGUUUAAAAUCUAGCUUCGUGCAAAUUGUGACCGAUCAAAACACAAAUAGAAAGAGUUGGGAAAUGAAAAUUUAUCCCAUGUGUAUGCAAGUGGUGAAUGAGUCGUCAAAAACAUCUGUUUUUGUAAGUAUACUUUUCACUUUUUAAACAUUGCAUGAACAUUUUCCAGGUAGCAAAACUUAUUCAAGAACAGUUGAAGAACAUGGAAAUCACAAAUGUGAAUUUAAAUGAUUAUUUUUUGAUAGCUGAUGCAGCUGCUUAUAAUCGGAAGGCUGGAGAAGAUCAUUUUAUCACAUGUAAGAGAAAACCAUUGAAAAAACAUUUCAACUCUUGUUUUCAGUUAUACGCUGUGCCGCACAUAUGAUGAAUAUAAUUGCAGAUCGUACAACAGUUCCAUAUUCAAAAUCAAAACUUAGCAGUGAGGAUAAAAGUAAAUUAUGUGAUGUUCGAUCAACAUUGAAAGAUUGUAAUGAAUUGAUGAAGAAUAUCAAGAAAAAGUUUUAUGUAAGUUCUUGAUUGCAGUUGUUUAAAGAAGAAAAAACGAGUACAGAUCCGCUCCCAACUUCCAAAGCAAGUUCAAACACAUGUCGAAACACGUUUUCUAUCUUAUAAAAAAGUUGUUGAUAGUGUAAUUGAAAAUGCAGAUGUUUUGUUGAAAUUCAAAUAUAUGAUGGAACCCGAUUUGGCGGAUGAUGUAACUAAAGUUUCGCAAAAUAUGAAAACUUUACGGUCAAUAACUAGCACAUUGAAAAUUUUCGACGAACUUUGUGUAUUUUUCCAAGUAAGACCUCAAAAAUAUCUAAAUAUUGAUUAUUUAUGCAUUUUUCAGAGCGAUUCAAUACAAAUCCAUGUUGUUGUGCCAUGUGUUAUAGGAAUGCUGAAACAUUUUGAAGCGCAAAAGUUGUCGAAUGAUGAAACACUCCGAAGUUUAGCCAGCGCUGCUGUCGAAGCACUGCGCUUCAACAUUCACGAUUUAACCGACUUUCAUUGUCUAGGAUAUAUGCUAGAUCCACGGAGGCCGCAAACUUUACAGGCUGAUAUUGAUGCACUCAAGGUGAUUUUCCGAAAAUUUCUGAAUUUUUGACAGUUAAUCAAAUUUUUUACUUAGGUUGAUCUUGAUUUGAAAAGUCGUGCACAAAAUGCUCUCGAAAAACUCGCCAACAUUUUAAACAUUUCGAUGAAUGGCAAUCCACCAUCAAGACCUCGCUAUGAUUCGCCUGACUCGUUUUUGGCCAAAUGUUUGCGACGGGAAUCUCCCAAAAUGUCGUUACAAAUUGAAUACAAUCACUUCUUGACUUUACAAAGUCAUCUGGAAGUCGAAGAAUUUUGGCCAACUAAUGAACAUAAUUUCCCACAAUUAUAUAAUAUAGCUCGAAAAGUGAUGGGAAUAGUAGCCUCCGAAAGCUCAACAGAAAGAAGUUUCAGUUUACUUCGAAAUAUAUAUAGAGAAAAUCGUAGAAAAUUAGAGUGCAAUUUGUUGGAGAAGUUGUUUAUCUGUUACGAACUUUCCAGAACUAAUUAG